AUGGCUCCCAGCUUGCUCGCCAGCGCGCGACCUGCGACCCAGGCGCCCGCGCACGCUGCUGCUGGUAACGCUCGUGCUGCAGCCCGAUGCCGCGCCCUGCAGUCGGCUCCCAGCGCCCUAGUGGGUGGCCGCACGAGCAGGCGAGCUGCUAGGACGAUUGCUCGCAACCGCCGCGCGGACAGCCCAAUCAUCGGGCCGGCGGUGCAGGAGGGAACACCUGGCUACGAACAGGUUCUCCAGAUGUCGGACAUCAUGCGGAGGAACCGCAUCAUUUUCCUGUCGGGGCGAAUCAACGAGGACGACGCAACCAACGUCGUAGCCUCCCUCCUGACCCUCGAGGCGAUCGACCCUAAGAAGGAGAUCAAGCUCUACAUCAACUCGUCAGGCGCCACGGCGUACGCUGCAGUGGCGAUCGUGGACGUCAUGAAGCAGCUGUCGUGCCCUGUGAGCACGGUGUGCAUGGGCAUGGUGGGCAGCACCUCUGGGGUCAUCCUGGCCGCCGGGACGAAAGGCAGGCGGUUCGCGAUGCCCACGUCACGCAUCAUGAUUCACCAGCCCUUCGGAUACGCUUCCGGCUCCACGUUCGAGGUCAAGAUUCAGGCCACGGAGCUGUCGAGGACGAUGCGAGUCAUUCACAGGUUCUACGCCGACUUCACGGGUCAGCCGCUGGAGCGCAUCGAGGAGGAGACGGACCGCGACACGUACAUGAGCCCCGAGCAGGCAAAGGAGUUUGGGCUCAUUGAUCACAUCGUGCCGAUGGACCCUCGGAAGGUCCCGCCCGGGAAGAGCGGCCCGGAGCCCGUGUACAGCGGCAAGCUCGCUGACUCUGCGACGUGGAGGAAAAAGGAGGCGAGCACCACGCAGUAG